UGUGCAGUUCUUUACAAGGGACAUACAGGUUGCAUCAUCAUUGAUAUAGAUUCAUGGAAAUAAACUGAAAUUUGAUGGAUGUCAACCCAAUAUUCCUGAUAUAGAGGUUUAAAGUUGUGGUUAUACUCUCAUGUUUACAAAGAAAACUGGCAUUAACUGAUUUAGGUCACAUGAGCAAUGCAAAACUAUAAAAAGGCUAUUAAUAGAUCUUGCACAAUCAACAGAUCUCGUUAUCGCCGAGAGUACCCAGAAGCCUCUGUAAUGUCCUUUUAACUUUCGUUCUUGAAAAAGACACAACAAUAUUUCUGAACUAAAAUUCCACCAGAACUAAGGAAACUAGAGCCAUUGAAUUGUGAAUAUGGCAAUGCAGGCCAAAACAGUUUGUCAGUCACUAACAUACACUGACAACUUUGAAAAGGUACAAAAUUGUGCUGAAAAAGCAUGCAGCUCCAUUAUAAGUGGUGGAUCGAGUUUGGAGAACCUAUUCAACAAUAACUGCAAGGAUCUUUGCAGAGAAUGUUACGAUGCUGUUGUAGCCGAGACGAUGAGUGCCCGUCCACCAGUAACAUUGACGACAUUCCCUCCAACGACUUCAUCUCCAAGCCUUGGAACAACUGCUGAAUCAAGUCAAGGCUCAGAUGCUGUCACCAUAGGCCUUUCUGUGUCAAUUGGGCUUGUGGUGGUGUGUCUAGCAUUGUUUGGCUUAUAUAAGCUAUACAAGAAAGCUUCUGAUAUGUACAAAAAGUCGGUGCAGAAAAAGAACGGUGCUGCAGCAAAUAUCCCUCUAUUCCCAGGUUGCCCGGAGAACGCAGAAGUAAAGGUGACAGUGGAGGCCGAUGAUGAAAGCACUAAACUACAAACGGAUGUUAUACCUGAUACAGCCUUUCAAACUGCCUAAAUCAUAAAACCGCCUAUUACCUGACCUAUGCUCCUUUCAUGAACUCAUUUUUUGGUAAAAGCAGAACUUUCUCAAUUCAAAAUUUUCAAAAUUAGUGUUCUUCUAGAAUCCUUGGAAACAACUCAAGCUUUAGAAAAUAUUUAAUUUUGGCAAUAUUGUUGUUAGGCAAAGGAGUCCUGUCUUGUUAAUGCUCCUCUAAGCUAGUCUAGUUUUGCAGAAACAAGAAAAUUUGUUGAUCACUCAAAUUGUAAGAAGAAAUUUUGGUUAGUUUGAUCUUGGUGGGAGUAUGAAAAUGCUUGAAGUAUGAUAUCGCACCCUCAAUUCUUACUCAGAUGAAAGUUGUACACGUAUUUGGCCAAUUUGCAGAAUCGUGAGUGAUAUUGCACCUCUUAUCCCAUGGCGUCAGAAUACAAGUUUGUUUAGCAAGUGAGAUAGAGCUCACUUUGUCAAUGUCUAUACCUAAGGUAUCAUUGACAACUGCAAAAGGAGUACAGGCAUGCAGUUAUUGUGUUACAGGAAGAAAACUUGUACUUAAAUUACAAAACAUGCAAACAUGUAGACCUUUUGUUUUCCAGACUGAGUAUAAGAUCAGCUUUGUCCUGAUUUGCAAUGGGCCCAGCAAAAGAGAGAUUUCCAUUGCUGCAUGUAACCUGAGUUCACCAGCCAAUUUCAAGUUGUCAUGCCUAUUUUACAGGUUCCAGCGACUGAAAUCACUCGUUUACUAGGCUAGGUUUAUGAAUAGGACACAGAGGUAUUAACCUGGAUAACAUAUUACUCAAUUUGUUGAAACAUGAAUGACAAAGAGUCGUUUGACAAAGGAGUUUUUUGAGUGUUGCCCCAGUGAUGCACAAAACUGAGUUUUGUACACGGGAUCCCUCAAAAAUUGUUUUCUUCCUCUACACAGAUAGCUGAGCAGCGUCAGCCAGAUGAUUACAGCUACUACGGACUUGAACUCAAUCUCAUUUGCACUAUUUCGCUAGAAUGAUGAAAUGUCACCCACAAUUCUAAUGAUUGUCUAUUGAAUGGCAGCCUGAUGACUAGGAAUGCAAGUGCAUCAGUGUAGUACCCAACAAACCGUCAAUAUCUUGAUACUAUAGUAAAUGAAAUAUGUACCGGUAGGUAUUAUUUGUGUGAAUUCUUUGUUGAUCUAGACAAAUUUUCUGAUUUCAUUGUUUAAUAUCUGACAAAACUAGACCCACUUAAUUAAACUCCCAUCAUUUGUACCCUCUCAUACUCACUACCUACAGAAGAGAGUGGAGGUAGGCCAGAGAAUAGUGAUAAUCAAAGCUUAAGUUGUCAAGAAUGAGAAUUCUUAAACUAUGGUAACAAAGGGCCCAACAAUCAUGACAUAUUGUGAAUCGGGAAAUAUUCGGUACACCAAAAGUUGGUGACUGUGCACUUUUGAAAUUGGCAGCAAAAUUAUGUAGGUUGAUGGAAAAGGAAGUAGAGUUACUGGGAAACUCUUUUAGACGUUUUCAGUUUGCAUUUUGUCUCCAAAGUUGCAAAAAUUGUGAAAAAUAAAGCGGUUGUAAACAUUACCCGGUCCACAGUAUGUCCACAUGUUUUGUAUACACAUGUAUACAUGUUUUAUGUAAAUUAAUGGGUUGUCAGAGAGACACAGUGGUAAACACCAAUGUUUGAAAUUAAUUUCUGUUCGUGUUGGGUUCGAUGGAGCUGGUGCACGGCAUAAUGAGAUUGAAAGGGCAACUCUCUGGCAGCGUAUGUUUCCUCCAGGAUCUCCAGUUUCCUCGAACUCUCAGGUUUCCACCUACAUUCAUUAAAUUUUUCAAAGUGUUAUGUAUGAAUUCAAAAAGGUACAGAUAGGUUUUAUUUUACUCAUCUAGUAUAUUUUCGGUUGACUCUGUCUGUGUCAUUUUGACCAAGAUGAUUUUCGAAAGCAUAAAUAAAUUUGCUAUUGAUAUUCAGUAUUUCUUUGAAGAAACCACCUGACUGUUCCGUACUGUUAAGUCAAUCGUACAAAUGUGUAUGCUAAGGUUAGAGUAGUAAAUGCAUAAGCCAGUCUAGGUCACCAAAGUUUGCUUUUACGGGGUGCAUGGUCAUUCUCUAGGCAGCUUCUUCAGACACUUCACAAAGUUAUUUUUUUAACCUGUAAUUAUUUUACAUCGUCACUCUGCACAAACAGGUUAAAACCUAAAGGUCUCCCUGAAGGUCAUGACCUGGCCCUCUCACCAAGUGACAAGUUUUGUAUUGUUGGAAAGCUUAGGCUUUCUACCACAUUUCUAGGUUUACGGUAAAAAUUUUUUGCAGUUUAACCCUAUAACACCUGGAGGCGCCCUAUGACGCCCGCCGCCGAUCCCCCUGGAGGCGCCCUAUGACGCCCGCACACCCAUAUUCAAAUUUCGCGCGCUUAGCUACUGAUCUCCUUCAGAGCGCCGCCUAUUAUUAAUCUAUGAAACUUAAGCUUUCAAAUGCCCGGAUGAACAAUGGUUGUUACUGUAGAAGUUUUUGAGAUAUUUGACGAUUAAGUUUUUGUUUCUCUUCAAGCCAGUAAAUUCAGGUUGGACAUUUGAAUUACUGAAAUGGAUCGUUUGUUUGAUUCCGAUUUGGAUGUACCCUAUCUAAUAGGGAAUUUCAUCUUCUUUUAAAUAAACGGGACUUAUAAUAUAUUAUUUGGAAGUUCACCUAUGUCAUUUUGUAAAAAACUGGACCCAUCGCAAAAAAUGUGAUUUCCAGGAAAAUCACGUCGGGGCCUAGGGGAAUAAGCACUUGCGCUGGCAGUGGCUCUAGGUGUUAUAGGGUUAAAAAGGGUUGAUAUUCACUCUGUAUG